UUCUGGCUUAUAGCGUGAUGUUCACUUCAUAUUUACGCCACCGCCAUUCCGAAUUGCUGCGCGUCUGGCCUGGAUAAAACCCUAUAAAACCUAAACCAGGCGGGCUUGUGGGAUUUAGAAUCUUCUUCACUUCUCCGACCUGCUUCCUAACCAUUUAGUCCAGUUUCCACUACGCCGUCGUCGUUUCAUUUCCAACUGCUCAUUCCCCAUCCUCCAGCUACGACAAUCCCCGACUUCGGUCAUAAACAGUUUUAUUGAGCUUGAAGCCAGUGGAGAUACAGGGGAGCUUCAAUUUCCCAUGGAGCUGCUUCGCUCACAUCUCUCUAGGGUUCGGAUACCCGAGCCCACGAACCGCAUAUACAAGAACGAGUGCUGUGUCUCCUUCGACACGCCGAAGUCGGACGGGGGUUUGUACGUGGACUUGUGUUCGUUUCUAGCUUUUGGGAAGGAAUACGUGCUUUGGAACUACGAGAAGACCGGUAAUCCUGUUUAUCUGCAUAUCCAGCAGAGGAUCAAGCCUGUUCCCGAGGACCGCCCGUUCAAGAAACCCACUCUUUUGGCUAUAGGUGUUGAAGGAGGUUUCGACAAUCAAGAACCUGAAUACGAGGAAAUUUACCAUAUUGUGAUAUUACCCGAUUACAUUGCUCUAUCAUUCCCAUCGGUUGAGCUGCCAGAAAAGGUUAGGCUAUCUGUUAAUGCUGUUUUACUUUUUGAGGGAGCAGAGCGGAAAGAGCAAUUAGCAUCGUGGACAUCUGAGAAGAAGAAAACCAGUGAUUAUGCCAUGAAUUUGGAACAGAUAAAUAACGGUGUUAUCAUACCUCCUUCGGGUUGGAAAUGUUCCAUGUGUGAGAAGACUGAUAACCUUUGGCUCAAUUUGACCGAUGGUGUAAUUCUUUGUGGCAGAAAAAAUUGGGAUGGCAGUGGAGGAAAUAAUCAUGCCAUUGAACAUUACCUAGAGAAAAAUUAUCCUCUCGCUGUAAAAUUAGGAACUUUAUCAGCAGAUCUGGAAAAAGCAGGUGCCAAAUUCUAUGUUUUACGAUACUUUAAGUUUCUGCCAUGCAUGGCUACAAUGCUUGGCAACCUGCCUUCCAUAUUUUCUUUGCUCGUAAACUUUUUUAUGAGUUUUAUAAAAACUGAAAUGACAACUGCAGAAAAGGAACUCGACCAGAAUAUGAAUUUUGACUGGAAUAGAAUCCAGGAAAGUGGACAAGAACUGGAGCCCUUAUUUGGGCCGGGCUACACUGGGCUUGUUAAUCUUGGAAAUAGCUGUUACAUGGCUUCAACCAUGCAAGUAGUUUUCUCCACUCGUUUUUUCAUUGAAAGAUACUAUAAAGAGCAAAAUCUGAAAUCAGCUUUUAUUCUGGCUCUUGCUGACCCAACCUUGGACUUGAAUAUGCAGUUGACUAAGCUGGGUCAUGGUUUGUUGUCUGGGAAAUAUUCCUUACCAACUUCAGAGAAGCAGGAUGGUGUACCUCCCCGAAUGUUUAAAACAGUUAUUUCUGCUAGUCAUCCUGAAUUUUCUAGUAUGAGACAACAGGAUGCUUUGGAAUUCUUUUUGCAUCUUCUUGACCAAGUUGGGCAGGCCCAUGCGGGAAAACCAGAAUUAGAUCCCUCGAGGAGUUUUAAAUUCUUUAUUGAAGAGCGUCUUCAAUGUCCAUCUGGAAAAGUUGCUUAUAAUAAAAGGGCUGAUUAUAUCCUCUCUUUGAAUAUUCCACUCUCGGAAGCUACUAAUAAAGAGCAAUUGGAAGCAAGUAACAAGUUAAAGUCGGAGAAGUCUGUGGCCGAAAAGCAAUCAAUUAAUCAUGAAGUUGUACGGCCCAGAGUCCCUUUAGAAGCAUGCCUUAAAUGUUUUUCAGAACCGGAGGAGGUGCAUGAUUUCUAUAGCACUGCACUUAAUGAAAAGACAACAGCAAUCAAGACCGCUGGUUUCACAACUUUCCCGGAUUACCUGGUUCUGCACAUGCGCAAGUUUGUAUUGGAGGAGGGAUGGGUGCCUAAGAAACUGGAUGUGUAUAUUGAUGUUCCUGAUAUCAUUGAUAUCACCCGUAUGCGCAGUAAAGGUAUUCAGUCAGGAGAAGAACUACUUCCAGAGAAAGCUUCCAGCGUUGAUGAGAAUAAAGCCACUCACAUUGUCCCCAACGAGGAUAUUGUUUCACAGCUGGCAAUCAUGGGAUUUAAUUAUCUCCAUUGUCAAAAAGCUGCUAUUAACACUUCUAAUAUUGGGGUGGAGGAAGCAAUGAAUUGGUUACUAGCGCACAUGGAUGAUCCAGAUAUCGAUGAUCCUAUUCAUUAUGGGCCUCGAGAUACUGGUAUAAUCAUUGAUGAAGCAAGUGUUGAAACGCUGAUUUCAUUUGGAUUUGAAGAAGUGGUUGCUCGGAAAGCAUUGAAGGCCUCGGGUGGGAUCAUUGAGAAGGCUACAGAUUGGAUAUUUAAUCAUCCUGAAGCUACUUCCUCAACUAUGGAUACUGAUGCCACAACUUCAAGCAACACGCAGACUAUUGAUGGCAGUGUCCCUGAUGGAAAUGGAAGGUAUAAACUGUUGGCACUGGUUAGCCACAUCGGCACAUCAACUCAUUGUGGUCACUAUGUGGCCCAUGUCCGUAAGGAAGGAAGAUGGGUCAUUUUCAAUGAUAGCAAAGUUGGCGCAUCUGUUGAUCCACCCAUCGACAUGGGUUACCUCUACUUCUUUGAAAGGUUCAACGGUUAAAACCUUCCUCCAUGCCCGAUUCGAUUCGGCCAUUUAUAACAGUUAAAUUUUGCUAGUUCAGUUAUCAAAAUUGCAAUUCCAUCUCUCCCCUAACAUUAACAUUGAUCAAAUUAAGUUGUAUAGACUGUUUCACCUGCAGAUAUUUUUUGAUUGUAAAGAAUUCAAAAGUCACAUCAUUGUGAUAAUCUGAAACAAUGAAGUCUUUUUUUUCUUUUUGAGAAAAGAAGGGAAGGUCAUUCGAGCCCAUUUAAUUGGACGGGUGAGCAUAAAUGCAUUGUACGCUUGGGAUGGAUUGAUGAAAACCUUGGAUUGAGAUAAAUGCUAUUUUCACUCAAUCAACCCUUUGACAAGUUUU